GCAUUUCAAAUAUCGUCUUCUAUAUAUACACUCCACUCUUCGAUAGCUGUCUUUACUCUUUAUUUCUGCAUCUCAUAGCUGCCUCUUACAAAGACAAAGGUCUCUCCAAGUCAGAGAAACAGUCCGGGCCAUCUCCGUAGAUUGGCUUGGUUUGCUUCUAUCUUUCUCCUUCCAUUCGAUCUUUCAUAAUUUCAAAGGUUUUUAGAAAAUGGCCGAUGCAGAGGAUAUUCAGCCCCUCGUCUGUGACAAUGGAACUGGAAUGGUGAAGGCUGGGUUUGCUGGUGAUGAUGCUCCCAGGGCAGUGUUUCCUAGUAUUGUUGGAAGACCCCGACACACUGGUGUCAUGGUUGGAAUGGGUCAAAAGGAUGCCUAUGUAGGUGAUGAAGCACAAUCCAAAAGAGGUAUUCUGACAUUGAAAUACCCAAUUGAGCAUGGUAUUGUCAGCAACUGGGAUGAUAUGGAAAAGAUCUGGCAUCACACUUUCUACAAUGAGCUCCGUGUUGCCCCUGAGGAGCAUCCAGUGCUUCUCACUGAGGCUCCUCUCAACCCUAAGGCCAAUAGAGAAAAGAUGACCCAAAUCAUGUUUGAGACAUUUAAUGUACCUGCAAUGUAUGUUGCCAUCCAGGCCGUUCUUUCCUUGUAUGCCAGUGGUCGUACAACUGGUAUUGUGCUGGAUUCUGGUGACGGUGUAAGUCACACUGUUCCAAUCUAUGAAGGGUAUGCUCUUCCACAUGCUAUCCUGCGUCUGGACCUUGCUGGACGUGAUCUCACUGAUGCUUUGAUGAAGAUUCUUACUGAAAGAGGGUACAUGUUCACCACCACUGCUGAACGGGAAAUUGUCCGUGACAUGAAGGAGAAACUCGCAUAUGUUGCGCUUGACUAUGAGCAGGAACUGGAAACUGCCAAAAGCAGCUCCUCAGUUGAGAAGAAUUAUGAACUUCCGGAUGGCCAGGUCAUCACCAUUGGAGCUGAAAGAUUCCGUUGCCCAGAAGUCCUGUUCCAACCAUCUCUCAUUGGAAUGGAAGCUGCAGGCAUCCAUGAGACUACUUACAAUUCUAUCAUGAAGUGUGAUGUGGAUAUCAGGAAGGACCUUUAUGGUAACAUAGUGCUUAGCGGUGGUUCUACCAUGUUCCCUGGAAUUGCAGACCGUAUGAGCAAGGAAAUCACAGCUCUUGCUCCAAGCAGCAUGAAGAUCAAGGUGGUAGCACCGCCAGAGAGAAAGUACAGUGUCUGGAUUGGAGGAUCUAUCCUUGCAUCCCUCAGCACAUUCCAACAGAUGUGGAUUUCCAAGGGUGAGUAUGAUGAGUCUGGUCCAUCCAUUGUCCACAGGAAAUGCUUUUAAGUUCUGAAAAAUGCUUUGAUGGCGAGUACUUUGUGCAUUUAGUUGGCUUUUUUCGUGUCAAGGUGUCAUGAACUUCAGUAUGGUUGAUAUGGAGAAGUGUUGAGAUUGAGUCAUUAAAGGAUGGUAAACUCUGUGUCAUGAACUUCAGUAUGGUUGAUAUGGAGAAGUGUUGAGAUUGAGUCAUUAAAGGAUGGUAAACUCUGAUGUAUCAAAUAGCUUUCCAUCUGUUGCAAUUCAUGUUGUAAUGUUCCCUUUGAAUUUAAAGGGCAACACUUUGGUACUCGUCAUUACUUUCCUCGCAACCUUUUGUGGUUAUACUAUGUCAUUUAGUAGGAUGCUUGUAUUAGGAGAGUGAUUGUGAUGCUUUUUUUAAUCAUUAUUUUUCAUUUCUCUUUCCAA